CAAUUGAGUGGCUAUGAGCCUACGACCAUAUUCUUGUCAAGAAAGCAAAUGUAGAAUGGCGUACAAAGAUGGAGAUUCCAUUCGUAAAGCUACCUUAUCUAUACACAUUGAACACAUAUACUUCUCAAAAAAAACAACAAUAAAUUUGAGGGAUUUUUCUUGGACGGUAUUUCGGAAACAGUCUCUCUACCUCUCUGCGUGAGGUUUGGGUACACACUACCCUCUCCACAUUUCAUUUGUGAAAUUACACUGGGUAUAUCGUUAUUCUAUAAUAAAUUUUGAGUAUUGAUUAUGCAGUCCACUUCAGUUACACCAUGGCAAACUUGCUUCUAUUACAUUCCUAACAAAUUUUCCUCCAACCAUUCCCUUCAUUUCCACUACAACAAAACACUUGUUUUUUCCUCACAUUUUUCACACAGUAAUACACACAGCUGUUUCCAAGAACAAGAAAAGCAUAACAACAAUUCUCACACAGAUAGACAAAAACAUAUAUUUUUGCAAGAAAUGUAUUCUUCUAUUGAAAAUGAGAAACCCCAUAACAGAAAAGAUGACGUGGAGCAGGAAGUUGCAGACUCUUCAGAAACCCAUAAACUUCAAAUCCUGGAUCCGCCUCGGGUUGCAGUGACCACUCAUUCAAGCAUUCGAUCGAACAGUUGGUGGGCAAGAAUUAAAGCUGCAUUGGGGCAGAGGAUUAACAUGGAGGGAAUUUCUUUUUCUAUAGGGAUUUUCUAUAAACACAAGCAUUUAGCAAUCCCACAUGUGUUUGUGCAAGAUAUAAGGUAUAUCGAUUGGGUUGAGCUGAAGAAUAGGGGAUUCGAAGGCGUAGUUUUCGACAAGGAUAAUACUAUAACUGUUCCUUAUUCUUUGAAUUUGUGGUCUCCUCUUGCUUCAUCAAUGGAACAGUGUAAAUCUUUGUUUGGCAACAAUAUUGCAGUUUUUAGCAACUCUGCAGGACUAGCUGAAUAUGACCCUGAUGAUAGAAAAGCUCAAAUUGUUGAGCGCUCCAUCGGAAUUAAAGUCAUUAGGCACAGGUUGAAGAAGCCAGCCGGAACAGCUGAAGAAAUUGAAAGGCAAUUCGGUUGCGAAUCCUCGAGACUUAUUAUGGUGGGUGAUCGGCCUUUCACAGAUAUAGUUUAUGGAAACAGAAAUGGUUUUCUUACUAUUUUGACAGCACCAUUAAGUCUCUCACAGGAGCCAUUUAUUGUGAAGCAGGUCCGAAAGCUGGAAAUGGCCCUUUUAAACAGAUGGUCUAGAAAAGAGAUAAAACCAAUCAGUCACAGGCUUCUUCCUGAUUGCCGGGAGUGUGUAAAGGACGAACUACUAUAAUCUUUAGGGAUUUUUUUUUUUUUUGAAGGUAGAAAAAUAUUUGUUGAACAGCCAUCUUUAUUAGUGCCACUAGUUAUUGUACAGGAAAUUCUUGUGUUAUUUUUGCUGGGAUAUAUGAGUAACAACAUCUACACAAUUCAAAAGUCUGCUAAUGGAAUCUGAUCAGAAGACAAAAUCAGGGUGGAUGUACGGUAUAAGCUAUGGGUUCACCCGAAGGCAGUAGCUUUGGCUCUAAUCCUGUAUAUAUGUUAAAAAAUCUAGUAAUAUCAUAUUUCAAACCUAGUUAACUUCAA